AUUCGCCAUGAGAGCCCUCCUAGGAAUCUGUGUCCUGGCACUAGUCACUCCAGCUGUCCUGGGUCGCACCAUGGAUCGCUGCUCACUGGCGCGCGAGAUGGCCAAUAUGGGUGUUUCUCGUGACCAGUUGUCCAAGUGGGCGUGCAUUGCAGAGCACGAGAGCUCCUACCGCACCGGAGUGGUGGGGCCUCCCAACACCGAUGGAUCCAACGACUAUGGCAUUUUCCAGAUCAACGACAUGUACUGGUGCCAGCCGUCCAGUGGAAAGUUCUCCCACAAUGGCUGCGAUGUGAGUUGCAACGCUCUCUUGACCGAUGACAUCAAAAGUUCCGUAAGAUGUGCCCUAAAGGUCCUGGGUCAACAGGGCUGGUCAGCCUGGUCCACCUGGCACUACUGCAGUGGAUACCUGCCCCCGAUCGAUGAUUGCUUUGUUUAAUUCAAGUCUCUUAACCAUGGACAUUUCAAAAUGUAAUUGUUUUGCAAUCUAAUAAACACUUUUUAUACGUUUAUACUUUUUGAUACGUUGAUUCACGAUAUAUACAUAAAUAAAAGUAAAUAUCUGGU